AUGCUGGACGGAUGCGGUGCGACCGCGCCGAACGCCUUCGUGCUCGCAGGCGUCCUCCGGUGUUGCGUGGGGCUCGGCGACGUCGAGUCCGGCAGGUGCAUCCACGGGUGGAUUCUGCGGAGCGGCGUGUGUCCGGACGUGGUGCUCUGCAAUGCAGUCCUCGACAUGUAUGCCAAGUGCGGCGACCAUGGGCGCGCCAGGAGGGCGUUCGGGGCGAUGGCCCAGAAGGACACCACAUCCUGGAACAUUGUGAUCAGGGCGUGUCUGCAGGACGGCGACAUUGUGGGGGCAAUGUGGCUGUUCGAUGAAUCGUCGUUGAGGGACGUUUCGAGCUGGAACACGAUCAUCAGCGGGCUUAUGCGGCAUGGGCGCGCCACUGAGGCGUUGGAUCGCCUGCAGCAAAUGGUGAGAGCUGGAGUUGCGUUUAGUAACUACACUUACUCCAUGGCGUUUACCUUGGCUGGCUUGCUUUCAUUGCGGGACCUAGGCCGGCAGCUCCAUGGUUGCGUGAUGGUGGCUGUAUUGGAGGAGGAUACGUUUGUCGGCUGCUCUCUCAUGGACAUGUACUGCAAGUGUGGAGAAAUGGAGGCUGCUCUGUCAAUCUUUGAUCGCUGGUCAGAGUUUACAGAGGACAUACAAUUUGCGUGGAGCACGAUGGUCGCUGGGUAUAUCCAGAAUGGCAGGGAGGAGGAAGCUCUUGAGUUCUUCCUCAGGAUGCUGCGUGAAGGAGUUCCUGCUGGGCAGUUCAUCCUCACUAGUGUAGCUGCUGCCUGUGCAAAUGCAGGGAUGGUUGAGCAAGGCAGGCAAGUGCAUGGAUUUGUUGAGAAGCUGGGUCACAGAUUCGAUGCACCAUUAGCGUCUGCCAUCGUUGACAUGUAUUCAAAGUGUGGUAGCCUUGAAGAUGCUUGCAGGAUAUUCGAAAGUGCUCAGGACAAGAAUGUUGCUCUCUGGACUACAAUGCUGUGCUCCUAUGCAACACACGGGCAAGGAAGAAUGGCAUUAGAGAUCUUCAGCAGAAUGAAGGCUGAAAAGAUCACGCCAAAUGAGAUAACCCUUGUCGCUGUUCUAUCUGCUUGUAGCCAUAGUGGUUUGGUCAGCGAGGGAUACCACUACUUCAACCUUAUGCAGGAAGAGUAUGGAAUUGUUCCAAGCACUGAGCACUACAAUUGCAUGGUUGAUCUUUAUGGACGAGCUGGGCUACUCGGCAAAGCAAAGAAUUUCAUUGAGGAAAACAAGAUCAGCCAUGAAGCUAUUGUUUGGAAGACUUUGCUGUCAGCUUGUCGACUUCACAAGCACAUUGAGUAUGCAAAAUUGGCUUCUGAAAAGUUGGUUCAACUAGAACAAUAUGAUGCUGGAUCAUAUGUUCUGAUGUCAAACAUGUACGCCACCAACAGCAAAUGGCUUGACACUUUCAAGCUCAGAAGUUCAAUGAGGGAAAGGAGAGUCAGAAAGCAGCCAGGUCAAUCAUGGAUCCAUCUGAAAAAUACCGUGCAUAGAUUUGUUGCACUGGACGUGUCUCACCCGAGAUCGGCUGAAAUUUAUGCUUACUUGGAGAAACUGAUGGAGAGGCUGAAGGAAAUGGGGUACACAGGUAGAACUGAUCUUGUUGUACACGAUAUUGAGGAGGAACAGAGAGAAACAUUUCUGAAGUUCCACAGCGAGAAACUUGCUAUUGCAUUUGGGAUCAUCAGCACCCCUGUUGGGAUGCCACUUCGGAUCUUCAAGAAUCUGCGUGUUUGA